AUGGUAAUGAUCGAAACGUUCCUCGGGAUGGCGAAGUAUCUGUCGCCACGAGAGGACGACGAUUGGUCGGACCGUCUAAACUAUCUGAUCACUCCGAACCUGCUGCUCGCCUUCUCCGUGCUCAUUUCGUUCAAACAGUUCGGCGGACGGCCCAUCGAGUGCAUGUUCCCCAAUAAAUUUCCGGGCAGUUGGGAACAGGUGCGGCGUAUCUAGGUGUCGAGUUCAACAAAAAAAACAUGCAACAUUUGUUGCCCGAAACGCACCGAAAAUGUUUUUUUUAGUACGCGGAAAACUACUGCUGGUCGCAGGAUACCUACUUUGUCGAGCCGACUCAAGACGUCUCGCUUCUGAAACAAGAGGAAAGGUACUUAUUCUAUCGUUCGCACUCGUUUUGUACCUAAAACUUCGGCAGAUACACCCCCGAACGCCAACUCUCCUACUACCAAUGGGUUCCGUUCUUUCUCCUCCUCCAGGCCGCCUUUUUCAGAGCUCCCAGCUAUCUUUGGAAAUAUUUUUCCAACCAUUCAGGUGCUUUUUGAAAGAAAAAUCUAUCCGCUCACUUUCAUUGUUCGUUUUUCAGGAAUUCGCAUUCACGAGGUGGUCGAAAAAGCGAAAGACGCGGCGAAUGUGGAAGAAGAAGUUCGGGAGAAAAACAUUGGAAUUCUGAAGCGUCAUCUGUCGUGCGCCCUCCGAUUUCAGGCAAACAUGGAGUCAAAGAGGGUGCAAGUACACAAAACGGUCACUUUUCUCAACUUUCAAUACUCAUCCGGAUUCAUAUCGUGGAUCUAUUUGUUCACGAAAUCACUCUAUUUUGUGAAUGUCCUCGCACAGCUGUGGCUUAUGAACAAGUAGGCGUUCGGAGGGGAAAACAUAUUUACAACGUUGAAUAAUUCCAGUUUCCUCGGUACCAAUCGCUAUCAAUGGUACGGAUUUGGCGUCGUUCAGGACAUUGUGAUGGGUCUUCCCUGGGAGAGAAGCGGCUAUUUUCCACGUGCGGCUGUCUGCGAUUUUGAGGUUUGUACAACUUUUUUCCUCGUAAAAUUUCACUUCUUCGAAUAUCCUUCUUCAGGUCCGUCAGGUAGCCAACAUCCAGCGAUACUCCGUACAAUGCGUGCUUGUCAUCAACAUUUUCAACGAAAAAAUCUUCGUACUUCUUUGGUUUUGGUAAGAACAAGUUUUCGGCGCGUAGUGUCAAUGCUCCGCCCCUUUCGCCAGCAAAAGAUAGCGGCGCGCGGAACCCGUGAGGUGACGGCUGCUGUCAAACAGUGGGUCAACCACUCAGCCGAUCGCAUUGCUUCUGUGAUAGAAAACAAACCCAGCUCUCUGAAUGAUUGUGAGGAUGGAAAAAAUCUGAGAAGCGAUACAAUUUUUGGAUAACAGCAAUUUAAUAAUUGAAUUGAUACGAGAAUAAGAAAUUGUAGGUACCUAAUCCUCCUGUUCGCCUCCACAGUCUCGUUCAUCCAGUGGUUCACUGUGCUCGUCUUCCCGUGCUUCUCGCAAUGGUUCAUAAAACAGCACUUGGCGCUGAGCUCUCUUCACAAUUUCUCGCAAAGAAACACCCGAAAAGAGGAGGCUGACGUGGCGAAGUUUGUCGCCAACUACCUGCACAAGGACGGCGUAUUUGUGCUUCGAAUGGUGUCCGCUCACGCCGGAAUCAUUUUUGCCACCGACCUGAUUCAGGCGCUCUAUGAGGCGUACGAUUUUCAGGAUAAAAAUGUAACUUUUGUAGAGGUAUAUCAAUUUGAAAACAAAGCGUUUUAAUUUUCAGAAGCAUUUGCAAGGCAGCCCGAUCAGCGAUGAUCUUCAGACGAUCAGCACCGGUGCGGGCUCGUCGAUACGACACAGAAAAGGCAGCAAGAAGAACAGUAGAAUUGAGUACAAAGUAGGACAGUUUCUUCGAGUUUUUAAAAAUAAAUCUAAAGUAUUUGCAGCCCGGUAGUGAAUUCACGACAACUUUGAUGCCGGAAAAGGACGAACACGUCUCGAGAUCGUCCUCAUCGUCAAGCGAUAAUCAGAAACGUACAAGCAAUGCGAUUACUAACAUCUAA